AUGACAACAACUGGUCUCUUCCAGUUCUCUCUCUCAUCUCACCCCAAUCUCACAUUUGCCAACAUCAUUACCUCAACUGCUCAACGGUCACCUCAAACUCACUCCAAUCCUCUUCUCCCCAAGCGACGUCGUCUAAGCCUUUUCCGCCCAGUCUCUGUUCCGAGAAGUCGCAAUCUCAUCUUCUUAAAGGCAGUCGAAUUCAAAGCUCCGUCAUCGGAAUCUCAGCAACAGGAUGGAAGAAGAGAUGACUCUCCAGUUCUUCUCGAUGUGAGCGGAAUGAUGUGCGGCGCCUGCGUGUCACGCGUCAAGUCGAUUCUUUCUUCCGACGAUCGAGUCGACUCGGUGGUGGUCAACAUGCUGACCGAGACUGCUGCGGCGGUGAAAUUGAAGCCGGAGGUUUUUGGAACAUUUGGGGAUGUGGCGGAAGGUUUGGCUAAAAGACUUACGGAAUGUGGCUUUCCUGCGAAUAGGAGAGUUUCGGGGUUAGGAGUUGAAGAGAAAGUGAAGAAGUGGAAGGAGAUGGUGGCUAAGAAGGAGGCUUUGCUGAUCGAGACUCGAAAUCGGGUGGCAUUUGCGUGGACUUUGGUGGCUUUGUGUUGUGGAUCGCACGCUACCCACAUUUUUCAUUCUCUUGGCAUUCAUGUCGGUCAUGGGUCAUUUCUGGAUCUGCUUCAUAAUUCAUAUGUUAAAGGUGGUCUGGCUUUGGGGGCUCUGUUGGGACCCGGACGAGACUUGCUUUUUGAUGGUCUAAAUGCCCUCACAAAGGGAUCGCCAAAUAUGAACUCUCUCGUCGGAUUUGGAUCCAUUGCUGCAUUUAUCAUUAGUGCGGUCUCUCUUCUUAAUCCUGCGCUUGAAUGGGACGCAUCAUUCUUUGAUGAGCCGGACCUUUUGUUGCAUAAAAGUGCUAGAGAAGGUGUGCACUGGAUAUUUGAUUCGGCAGGUUUACUAUUUUUUAGUAUGCAGGUCAUGCUUCUUGGUUUUGUACUCCUGGGACGUUCUCUCGAAGAAAGAGCACGGCUGCGUGCAUCUAGUGACAUGAAUGAAUUAUUAUCAUUGAUAUCCACUCAGUCACGACUUGUGGUCACUCCCUCUGGAAGUGAUGCAUCUCCUGACAGCGUGCUUUGCUCUGAUGCAUUUUGUAUUGAAGUCCCAACUGAUGACAUUCGAGUUGGAGACUCAGUGCUGGUUUUGCCUGGAGAGACUAUACCUGUAGAUGGAAGAGUUCUUGCUGGACGAAGUGUGGUGGAUGAGUCCAUGCUUACUGGGGAAUCCCUGCCCGUAUUCAAGGAAAGAGGCCUUUCAGUCUCAGCUGGAACAAUAAAUUGGGAUGGUCCUUUAAGGAUUGAAGCCGCCUCCACUGGUUCUAACUCAACAAUAACUAAGAUUGUUCACAUGGUAGAGGAUGCUCAAGGCCGGGAAGCACCUAUACAAAGGCUUGCAGACGCAAUUGCUGGGCCAUUUGUAUAUAGUGUAAUGACUUUAUCAGCAGCAACAUUUGCUUUCUGGUAUGUGUUUGCUUCUUUACUUGUUUUGUAA